AUGGAUGACAGCCUCUACGACGAGUUCGGCAACUAUAUCGGCCCCGACAUUGAGUCGGACCAGGAGUCCGAUGGCGAGGGCGCGAUCGAGGAGGAUGAGAAGUCUGUCGGGGAAGCUCCGUCUGACGAAGAAGACGCCGAGGGCGGCCAUGGCCCCAAUGGCUGGCUCAUGGCCGGUGAGGAAAUGGACGCUGACGCAGUGGGGUCGCAGAUUGUCCUGGCCGAGGACAAGAAGUACUAUCCCACCGCUGAGGAGGUCUAUGGUGAGGGUGUGGAGACCCUGGUAAUGGACGAGGACGCGCAGCCUCUUGAGCAGCCGAUCAUUAAGCCCGUUCGGAACGUGCGGUUCGAGGUGGGCGUCAAGGAUUCGUCUACCUACGUGUCUACCGAAUUCUUGCUGGGGCUUGCCUCUAAUCCCUCUCUGGUGAGGAACGUUGCGCUGGUGGGUCACGUCCAACAUGGCAAGACGGUGUUCAUGGACAUGUUGGUGGAGCAGACCCAUCACAUCUCAACCUUUGAUUCUGGGAGCGAGCGCCAUAUUAGGUAUACAGAUACGCGAAUUGAUGAACAGGAGCGGCGGAUCUCGAUCAAAGCAGUGCCCAUGUCGUUGGUGCUCGAGGACAGCAAUGCCAAGUCGUACCUGUGCAAUGUUAUGGAUACACCGGGACACGUCAACUUCUCGGAUGAGAUGACUGCAGCUCUCUCUCUCGCAGAUGGGGCAGUGGUAAUAGUGGACGCCGUGGAGGGAGUUAUGGUGAGUCUGAUUACUUUAUCACUUCCUGAUAAUUCUCCGAAUCUUUUUCCGUACAAGGUAAAUGUCUUUGAACACUGACUGUAUCAGUUUCAUAAUAUGUUCGAGUAUUUCGUUCGUAUGCUGUGGACGCAGUGUCUGUAUGAUAUUAUGUAAUAACCACCAUCAUUCAUAGUGUUUUGAGAAUUAUAUAUUCAACAAAGAAUAUGAAAUGAUUGUGCUUAGAGCCUGCGGCACAUUUAUUCUCGUAGAAGUAUAAAAAAUCCAACGUUGGACUUUGCUUAAUUAUAGCAGGAUGCAAAUAUCUGGAUGCAGACUCAUGCCUUAAGAAAAAGAGAUAGAAACUGAAUGGUUUCAUUCAUACUAUUCGGUUCUGUUUUCUCGUAGUUCUGGACCUCGUUAUGGUUUAGGGUUGGUCUUCUUGCAUAAUUUUCAAAAAUUAAAGAGUUUUUUUAACCGUAUGUUACUGUUGAAAAUGAAUUUUAAAGAACUGCAGCUGAGUCAGUCAAAAUCAUUAGUUGACUGCAUGUGUUGCUAUGAUCUGUCACUUUUUUACGUUUUCUGGACUUCAUAUGUUAUUGAAAUGGCUGUGGAUAGUUGAGCAUGAUUAAUGCACCCGAAGGUUAUGAGAAAGAAAGCCUAGGAGAUCGAAGCACAAGACUUAAGGUGAGAUGUUCAUAGUUAGAGGCAAACUAGUGUCUUUGGUAUGUAUUGUGGUUAUGCAAGCUGUUUAUAGGUUUUUAACUUGUAGUGAGUGCCACAGGCAUGGUUCAUCGAAUAAGCAGUAGACAUAUUGGAAUCAAGUAGGUUCUUCGGUCUGGAUUUUGGUUGAGUACCAUACCAUGGGAGAACAGCUUGUACAAAGAUCAAGAUUGUAGAAGACUAUGCAGUAAAGUCCUCGGUGGAUGAAUGCCUUAAAUAAAUGUCUCGGAUUGGAGAUCCUAUGUAUUUUUUGUUGGUAUAGUUCAAAGAUUAGUCGACCAUGAUAUCAUCAAUAUUCUUUUAAAAAUUAGUCAUUCAGACUUAGAUUUCUCUGGCUUGGUCUAGGGCUUUUCACGAGUUUAGGUCCACUUUCCUGUAUUCUUUUAUCCAUGGAAAAUAUAUGUGGAUAAUUUUAAGAAUUUCUCGGCGAUUCUCUUAUUCCAUGAGUUCUAUGUGGAUACCUUAUCACGAACACUUGCACAGGUGAAACAUUAAGCUCAAUGCUGAGUAUGUGCAUGUAUCAAUUUAUCAUCUGAGAUACUCUGUUUGCAGCUCUGUUUUGCCAUUAAUGCUUAGGUCCAUUCACACGUUAUUGGUGCCCCUUGUAUGGUAUACUUUUGAUAUUAGAACUUGAAGAUCUUCUUAAGUUAUCCUACUAGUGAUGAGUGAAGAUUGUAUCUUCCAAUUUGAAGUAUGAGCCCUUCAUCUUUUCUACUGAAUUAUUGUUCUAAAUGGACAUUUUUUACAGGAAGGUCAUGGAUUUUUUUUCCUUGGUGGUGUAUGAUAUUUAUGCCUUUCAAUUGUAGGUAAAUACUGAGCGGGCAAUUCGGCAUGCAAUAUUGGAACGGCUGCCCAUUGUACUUGUAAUAAAUAAGGUAUUUUUUUUUUGUCUUCAUCUUUGUGAUCUUCCAUUUACUGUGUACUUCACCUCAAGAUGCUCUGUAAAUGUAGAAACAUUGAUUAUCAAAAUAUCUUUCUUUUUCCCUUUUGAAUAAAUAGGUUGAUAGAUUGAUUACAGAGCUGAAGCUGCCUCCAAUCGAUGCAUACUUCAAGCUACGGCAUACACUGGAAGCGAUCAACGAGCUGAUAUCUUCCUUCUCUACCACAGCAGGAGGCGUUCAAACAGUUGAUCCAGUUGCCGGCAAUGUUUGCUUUGCCAGCGGCUGUGAUGGAUGGUCAUUUACUUUGCAAUCAUUUGCCAAACUCUAUGUCAAACUCCAUGGAAUUCCCUUUGAACAUUUGAAGUUCGCAUCACGCCUUUGGGGAGACGUUUAUUACCAUCCUGACACAAGAACCUUCAAGAGAAAACCCCCAGAAAGUGGAGGUGAAAGAACAUUUGUUCAGUUCAUACUCGAACCACUGUACAAGAUAUACAGUCAAGUGAUUGGAGAGCAUAAAAAGAGUGUAGAGGCAACACUUUCAGAGCUAGGUGUGUCCUUGAGUAAUGCAGCUUACAGGUUAAAUGUUCGACCUUUGUUGAGGUUGGCUUGCAGCUCUGUCUUUGGCUCUGCUACGGGCUUUACCGAUAUGCUGGUUCGGCAUAUCCCAUCAGCAAAAGAUGCUGCCUCCAAGAAGGUCGAACACAUCUACACUGGCCCUCAAGAUUCAUCAGUUGUGGAGUCUAUGAAAGCUUGUGAUCCAUCAGGCCCCCUCAUGGUUAACGUUGUCAAGCUCUACCCUAAAUCUGAUUGCAGCGUUUUUGAUGCCUUCGGACGUGUAUACAGUGGUACAAUCCUGACUGGGCAGACUGUACGUGUGCUAGGAGAAGGUUACUCACCAGACGAUGAAGAAGAUAUGACAGUGAAAGAAGUCACAAAACUAUGGGUUUAUCAAGCCAGAUACCGAAUACCAAUCAGCAAAGCACCUGCUGGUUCGUGGGUCCUCAUUGAAGGAGUAGAUGCAUCGAUUAUGAAAACAGCCACACUCUGCCCUUUGCACAUGGAUGAAGAUGUUUACAUAUUCCGUCCUCUUCGGUUCAACACCCUCUCUGUUGUGAAGACUGCAACUGAGCCGCUGAAUCCAAGUGAACUGCCAAAAAUGGUAGAAGGGCUCCGCAAGAUCAGUAAAAGCUACCCCCUGGCCAUCACGAAGGUUGAAGAAUCAGGAGAGCACACCAUUCUAGGGACCGGGGAGAUCUACUUGGAUUCCAUCAUGAAGGACCUUAGGGAACUCUACUCUGAAGUGGAAGUCAAGGUAUGAACAUCCUUUUAGGUGUAAUUCUUUGGGAUUUGAUGCGAUUUCUCUUGCACUUUUAAACAUACUAUUGUUGCAGGUGGCCGAUCCAGUUGUUACUUUUUGUGAAACAGUACACGACUCAUCUUCUUUGAAAUGCUUUGCGGAGACACCCAACAAGAAAAACAAGAUUACAAUGGUUAGAGAAUCAUUAUUCUUGUUCUGUGUAUCUUUGAUCCAGUCUCGUUCUUUCCUCUGUUUUUUUUUUUUUUUUUUAACUUGCUCCUGCUGUGUUUAAUUCUUAAUGCUUUUCCCACCGCCUACUCUGAAGUAGCAGUAAUUGCACUGUGAUUUCAUAUGCAUGAUCUCUUGUCGUCAUGGACCUCAGCUUGCUGAACCCCUUGAAAGGGGACUGGCGGAGGAUAUCGAAAGUGGGGUAGUAAGCAUUGACUGGCCAAAGAGGAAGCUCGGUGAUUUCUUUCAGAGCAAGUAUGACUGGGAUCUACUCGCCGCACGAUCCAUAUGGGCUUUUGGUCCAGAUAAACAGGUAGCCAAUCCUAUCAUAUUUGAACAAGCAUGAAAGGAUUUCAACAAGAAUCUCCUGCUUCCUUCCCCUUCCAUAUAUAUAUAUAUAUAUAGAUAUAUUGCAAUAAAUAUUUUCAUCCUCCAGCAUGAUCUCUCUCCCUCCCUACCUACUUCAUCCCAUAUCCACACCUUUCGUUCAUUCCUUCUUUCCAAGAUCUCUAUGGUUCACUUAGCAAGCAUUUGUAGUACUAGAUACAGUAAGGAACAUGAGAAUUUACAUUAACACUCUUUCAGGGGCCGAACAUCCUGCUAGAUGACACACUGCCCACCGAGGUUGACAAGAACCUGCUCAAUGCCGUCAAGGACUCCAUCGUCCAGGGGUAAAAGAAACUAAGGUUUUUUGCAAAAAACUAUCUUUUUUUCAGUCUGUUCCUAACAGAGGAUCAUAUGCCAUCUCCAGAUUCCAGUGGGGUGCUCGGGAAGGGCCCCUCUGUGAUGAGCCCAUCCGGAACGUGAAGUUCAAGAUCCUGGAUGCCAACAUUGCCCCAGAGCCUCUCCAUAGAGGGGGCGGCCAGAUCAUCCCGACUGCCCGAAGGGUGGCCUAUUCAUCCUUCCUAAUGGCCACCCCCCGCCUGAUGGAGCCCGUAUACUAUGUAGAAGUAAUCAUCUCCCGAUUAGAAACCUGAAGUACUCAUAUCCAAAGCCCGCUCUGAGAUCAUGUAAUUUCUCCACCAGGUCCUCACCCCUGCCGACUGCCUCUCCGCCAUCUACACAGUCAUCUCCCGCCGCCGCGGGCAUGUGACGGCCGACAUCCCCAAGCCCGGCACACCCGCUUACAUUGUCAAGGUUUGGGUCAAAACCUCACAGGAUUUAGUUCUUGAAUGCAUGCAUGCACAUUGCCUGUAUGCUUGAUUCAGUCGCCUCUGAGAGUUCUUUGGUGACACAAAAUGGAAUGAUUCCUGAACUCAUGCGCUGUUUUCUCAUAUGAUUCAAUGAUCCAGUCCAAUGUUUCCCCUUUUUCAUUCUUCCAGGCGUUCUUGCCGGUCAUCGAGUCAUUCGGCUUUGAGACCGACCUGAGAUACCACACCCAGGGGCAGGCCUUCUGCGUGUCAGUGUUCGACCACUGGGCGAUAGUCCCUGGAGAUCCUCUAGACAAGGGCAUUGUGCUUCGACCCCUCGAGCCGGCGCCAAUUCAGCACCUUGCCCGGGAAUUCUUGGUGAAGACGAGGCGUAGAAAGGUGAGAGCUUUUUUCAACCCUCCUUCCUCCUCAGGCUGCCGCUGUGUGUGUGUGUGUGCUUGUUGGCCGUGGUUGUGGCCUUGUGGCUGAUGUGGGAUUUUUCUGUAGGGGAUGAGCGAUGAUGUGAGUGCCAACAAGUUCUUCGACGAGGCCAUGAUGAUUGAGCUCGCCCAGCAGGCCGCCGAGCUGCACCAGCUCAUGUAA